GCAGGACAUUUUCAGAUCAGUGGAAAAAAUCAAAACAAACGCCAGAGAACGGCUCGUUUUGCGAUGGUACCUGGGCGCCUUAUAAAUUAACCCCUCACGGCUCUUACUCUGUGCGUUCUCCUCCUUUCGCUCACUAUUUUCAAUGUCUGAUUUUGAAGUGUCUGAUGUUUCAGAAUUCGAGGCCGACUCUGGCUCCGAUUUCGAAAUGGAACCAGUGCCAAAAAAGGCCAAAAAGUCCGCCACCACCUCGCCGCCGGCGAAUAAAGUGUCCCCUAAGGCUAAGAAAGCUAAAACCAAUAGUGCCUCCGUCUCAAAGUCCACUACUCCUGCUGGUAACGCUUCUGACCAGUACCAAAAGCUCUCGCAGUUGGAGCACAUCCUCAAGCGCCCGGAUACCUAUGUCGGGUCCGUGGAGGCCACGCUGAUGGAGAUGUGGAUCUACGACGAGGAAACCGAAUCGAUGGUGGAGAAAACGGUCACCAUUGUUCCUGGCCUCUACAAAAUCUUUGACGAAAUCCUCGUCAACGCAGCCGACAACAAGAUCCGAGACCCCUCGAUGAAAUCCAUUUCCGUCACCAUCGACCCCGAAUCCAACACUAUCGAGGUCAAGAACGACGGGAGGGGGAUCCCGGUCCAGAUCCACGACAAGGAGCACGUGUACAUCCCCGAGUUGAUCUUUGGCACGCUCCUCACCUCCUCCAACUACGACGACGACCAGAAGAAGGUCACCGGUGGGCGUAACGGGUACGGUGCCAAGUUGUGUAACAUCUUCUCCACCGAUUUUACCGUCGAAACCAACGACCUGGCUUCCGGCCUGCUCUACACCCAGACCUGGCGCAACAACAUGAGCGAUGUGGGCAAGCCCAAAAUCCGCGCGAUGAAGAAAGGUCCGGAGUACACCAAGAUCACGUUCCGCCCCGACUUGGCCAAGUUUGGCAUGGAGAAGCUCGACAAUGACAUCCUCGGGGUGAUGCGCCGCCGUGUCUACGACUUGUGUGGUUCCGUCCGCGAUAUUUCCGUCAACCUAAACGGUAAGCGCUUGAAGAUCCGCAACUUCAAGCAGUACGUGGAGAUGUACGUGCGUGCACUCGAGGAAAAGAAACCCAAGGCGGAAGAUAGUGAGGAUGUGUCGGUGCCGCCACCGAUUAAGCCCACCAUCGUGCAUGAGGUGUUCAACGAACGAUGGGAGGUGGCGUUUGCGCUCUCGUCCUCGUCGUUCAACCAGGUCUCUUUUGUCAACUCCAUUGCCACCACCUCCGGGGGGACUCAUGUCAACUACAUCUCCGACCAGAUCAUCAACAAGUUGAUCGCACACGUGAAAGCCAAGAAGAAGAAGGCCAUCAUCAAGCCGUUCCAGGUCAAGAACAACAUCUUCCUCUUUGUCAACUGCCUCGUCGAGAACCCGUCCUUCACCUCCCAGACCAAAGAGCAGUUAACCACGCGUCCGGCGCAAUACGGGGGCAAGAUCGAGAUCACCGACGACUUUAUCAAAAAGAUCCUCCGCACCGGGAUCCUCGAUGCAAUCCUCGAAACCGUCAAUGCCAAUGAAGACAAGGCGUUGAACAAGACCGAUGGGUCCAAGAAACGCCGGAUUACGAGUCACGUAAUGUUGGAGGACGCCAACAAGGCUGGGACCAAGGAGGGGUACAAGUGUACGCUUAUCCUCACCGAGGGUAACUCUGCUUUGUCGCUUGCAGUAGCCGGUUUAGCGGUUGUUGGGCGUGACUACUACGGGUGUUUCCCGCUCCGCGGUAAGCUCCUCAAUGUCCGUGAAGCGAGUGCGGACCAAAUCAUGAAGAACGCCGAGAUCGAGGCGAUCAAGAAGAUCAUGGGGUUGCAACACCGGAAACGGUACGACGCGUCCACCGUCAAGGACCUCCGUUACGGCCACAUCAUGAUCAUGACCGAUCAGGAUCAUGAUGGGUCGCACAUUAAGGGGUUGAUCAUCAACUUCUUAGAAACCUCCUUCCCGGGUCUUCUCGAGGUGCCCGGCUUCCUCGUCGAGUUCAUCACUCCGAUCAUCAAGGUUACCGUUUCCCGAGGCAACACCAAGGAGAUCAUUCCCUUCUACACCAUGCCAGAGUACGAGACAUGGCGCGAUACCCACGGCACCAGCUGCACCUGGAAGCAGAAGUACUACAAGGGUUUGGGAACGUCCAAGCCCACAGAAGGUAGAGAAUACUUUAAAGAUCUUGACAGACAUCUCAAGACGUUCCACGCGCUUCAGAUGGGUGACUCUGAUCUUAUUGAUUUGGCAUUCUCGAAGAAGAAGGCUGACGACCGUAAGGAGUGGUUGAGAGGGUUCCAGCCGGGAACCUUCCUCGACAACGACAUUAAGGAGAUCCCGAUCAGUGAUUUCAUCAACAAAGAGUUGAUUUUGUUCUCCAUGGCUGACAACGUCCGUUCCAUUCCAUCGGUGCUCGAUGGGUUCAAGCCCGGCCAACGCAAGAUCUUGUACGGGUGCUUCAAGCGUAAGUUAAAGCUGGAAAUCAAAGUGUCGCAGUUGGUGGGCUACAUCUCCGAACACACCGGCUACCACCACGGUGAAGCGUCGCUUUUCCUGACGAUUGUGGGUCUUGCCCAGGACUUUGUUGGAAGUAACAACCUCUUCUUGUUGAAACCGAACGGUUGUUUCGGUACGAGAAACAUGGGUGGUAAGGAUGCCUCGGCCGCAAGAUACAUUUUUACCGAGUUGUCGAAGAUCACCCGCAAAGUCUUCAACCCGUUGGACGAGGCUUUGUACAACUACGUACAGGACGACGAACAGACGGUCGAGCCGGAGUGGUACCUUCCAGUGGUGCCGAUGUUGUUGGUGAAUGGGGCGGAAGGUAUCGGUACUGGGUGGAGUACCAAUAUCCCACCGUUCAACCCUGUUGAUAUCAUCAAGAACAUCCGGAAUCUCAUGGUUGGAAAGGAAAUGGAGGAGAUGGUGCCGUGGUUCCGGGGCUGGAACGGUGGUAUCCAAAAGAUUGCUCUGGACAAGUACCGUGUUACCGGUAGAGUCGAAAAGGUGGACGAUAACACCGUGGAGAUUACCGAACUCCCGGCAAAGAUGUGGACAGUCACCAUGAAGGAGUUCUUGUUGAAGGGUCUUGGGGGUGAUGACAAGGCUAAGCCCUGGAUUAAGGACAUGACCGAGCAGCACGGCGUGGGGAUCAAGUUUGUGGUCACAUUGACCGACGAGGAAAUGCGCAAGGCAGAGGCGGUCGGGUUGUACGAGCGUUUCAAGUUAGUCGGGUCCGUUAGUUUGAGUAACAUGGUUGCUUUUGAUCCGUCUGGCCGCAUCAAGAAGUAUGACUCGGUACUCGACAUGGUCUCCGACUUCUACUUUGUGCGCUUGGAGUUCUACCACAAGCGUAAGGAAUACCUUACUGACCAGUUGCGCAACCAGUUGAUUAAAUUGUCGUCGCAAGCGCGUUUUGUGAAGAUGAUUAUUGACAGGGAGUUUACCGUGGCCAACAGAAAGCGUGCCGAUCUUGUGGCGGAGCUACAGGAAAAGAGUUUCCCGAGAUUCGGAAAGGACGGGGUGCCGAUUACGGCCAAAAUCGAGGUGGUGGAAAUUACCCGAGCCGAGACACGGGAAGAAGAUGCGUCUCCGGAGGGGGAAGGGGCAGAGAAUGCUACGGGCGACGCUGUCCACAGUCCUACCUCUAUCUACCAACAGUAUGACUACCUUUUGUCUAUGGCAAUCUGGUCCUUGACCAGAGAGAGAUACGAAAAGUUAUUGGAACAGGUCGAUGCCAAGCAGACAGAGUUGACUGAGCUUUUGAAGUUGAGUCCAAAGGACCUCUGGAACCGUGAUUUGGACGAUUUCUCCGCCGCCUGGGACGAGUUCCUCUCCAUGGACUUGAUCAACCGUACCAACAUCGUCCCAGAUGCCGAUGGGAAGAAGAAAACUAGCAAGCGUCCUAAGGCCAAAAAGGAGAAUGGUGUGAAAGAAGAACCUGCUGCAAAGAAGAAAAAGACCGGAUCUCCUCCGGCAAAGAAGGGAGCGGUCGGGAAGCAGCAGACAUUGCCGAUAAAGGCGAAGACUCCGGAGCCGGAAUUUCAGAGUGUUUUCGGCGGAAAGAACGGAUUGUUCAAGAAGGAAGGAUCUGACAGUUUCGCCGAUUUAACGGUGGAUGACAUAUUCGACAGCAUUCCUUCCAGCAGCAGCAAGAAGAUGGAGAGCUUCUACGACGACUUUGUGGAAACCAGUGCUAAGACUAGUGCGGUCAAACCAAGACCUAAGGCCGCGGCUUUAGAUUCGGAUGAUGGCAUCGAGGUGGUGAAGCCUAAGGCGGCACCUAAGAAAACUGCCCCUAAGAAGGCUGUCAAGCCAAAGUCCAGGUCUGAAACCCCUUCCGCUCUUGAUGAAUUGGAGUUGUCUGAUAUCUCUGCUCCGUCAUCGCCGCAGCCAGCCCGACAAAGAACGAGCCGUCGCCCCGCUACCGCGGUGAAAAAGUCUUAUGUGUUGAGCGACCUAAGCGACAAUUCUGAUUCGUAUGACGAGGAGGAUGACGAUGAGGAGUUCGGCAGCGAGUAGCUUGUUAUUUUUGUUUAAUCUACGUGUAUUGCUAUGGAGACCUAGGGAACAACUUAGUCGAGCCACAACCUGUGGCCGGAACAUAAAAUCCUCUUAGGCAGCGGAAUCACAAAUGAACUGCUUGCUGUAUCUAAAGUGUACUUACUUACUGGUAUCGUCAAGAGCCAUGGUUUGGGAGUCCUCUUCGGGUGAGGGGCUUAGACGCAGAAACUGGCCAAACCAAUCCAGACUCUUUCUAUCCUUCGAGGGAAAGGACAGGUUAUAAAAGAUACGCGGCAAGCACCGACGAAGUUUCGGUAUGAUGUAUGCAUACCUGAGCUACGACACUGGUUUCAAUAAUUGGUGAAGCAUCAAUA